AUGGAAACGUUGGAGGUUCAUUCCAAAGAUAUUUUAAUCAAGUGGAUCAAUGUUCCUGACAACUCAACUGUCCACUGGCAAGUCAAGCCUUUGAAGAAAUCUGUCAAUUUUGCUGUUUAUAAAUCUUUUUCUUUAUUACAAGAAAAAUUGAGAAAUUCAAAUUUAAAAUUAUGUCAGUGGUAUGGUAAAUUGUUGCCUGAUGAAUUGGUUUCGGGUCAUUUUAUUGUAUCCUCUUUAAAUUCAUCCCAAUCCUCUAUUUCUUCUUCUUCUAAUAAUAAUAAUAAUAAUAAUAAUAAUAAUAAUAAUAUUAAUAUUAAUAACAAUAACAAUAAUAAUAUCAACUCGCUAUCUCCUGGAGUUUAUGCUUUUAUUUUUGAUAAUACUUUCUCAAAAAGUAUUUCAAAAAAAUUGAAAUUUAAUCAAUAUAUUUCUCCCAAUGAAUAUUUAGACCAAAAGCCAACCUUUAAUACUGAAUCAUUAUUUCAAAAUAAAACAAGGUCUUCUUCAAUUAAAACACUUAACAAAAAAAAUAUACUAACUUCAAAAAAUGGUCAAUAUAUUCAAGGUUAUUUACUUAAAAAGAAAAGAAAAAAAUCUCAAAAGAGUUAUCUGAAGAGAUUUUUUUUAUUAAAUUUCAAACAUGGCAUUUUAAAUUAUUAUUUAAAUGAAAACUCAAACAUUUUAAGAGGAAACAUGCUAAUUAAUUUGGUGGAAAUUAUUGCAAUUAAAAAAAAAAGACAAAUUGUAAUUGAUAGUGGUGGUGAAAUUUGGCAUUUAAAGGCCUUAAAUGAUUAUGAUUGGACUGUUUGGGUUUCUGCCUUAGAUGUCAUCAGAUCAAACUCAGUAAAAAACAUCAUUAAAAACAACAAUAAUAUCAAUAAUAUUAAUAAUAUUAAUAAUAAAAUGAAUUUUAAAAAUAUUUUGGGUUUAUCCUCAAAUAAUCAUAAUAAUUUAUUCCAUAGUGGUUUUUCGACUUCUUCCCUUGAUAAACUUGAAUUUUCAAUUUCAACUUUGACAGUAAACAGAGAAUACAAUACUACAAAUGAUCUUGAAAGAGUGUUAUCAAGGAAUUCUUUAUUUUCCAACGAUGAGUUUGUGGAUGCAAAUGAGUAUUUGGAAUCCGUCAAGUCUAAAGAUCAGGGAGUUAUUUUAAUUGAUGAUCAAAAUCUCGAAUAUGAUGACGAAAAUUACUCAAACCAAGCUUUGACCAACAAAUCAAAAAACAGCAUUUUGGAAAACAAUAAAAAUAAAAAUAAAACUAUCUUUGAUAAUCAAAAAGCUGAAUUUUUAACAAUAUCCAAGAAAGAUUAUCUGGAAAAAAAAGAGGCUGAACCUUUGGAAAUUGAAAAUGACCUUUACCCAUUACCUAUUUUGGGUUCUCCAAUAAAAAGAAGAUAUGAUAUUCCUGAAUAUAUUUGCACACCACCAAGUCUUUUUCAAUUUUUAAAAAAUAAUGUUGGGAAAGAUCUAGCAUCAAUUGCAAUGCCUGUAACUGCUAAUGAGCCAUUGUCAAUGAUUCAAAAAUUUUCGGAAAUGUGCGAAUAUGUUAAUUUGAUAGACAAAACAAUUGAAAUUAACAAUACAGAUGAUUUUGGUGAAAGAAUUUUGCGGAUUGCGACAUAUGCUGUGAGUUAUUUAUCAUCAAUGAGAAUAAAAGAAAGAAGUGUUCGAAAACCUUUUAAUCCCUUGCUUGGAGAGACUUUUGAACUUGUGAGGGAUGACUUGGGUAUCAGAUUUAUUUGUGAAAAAGUUUCUCACCGGCCACCAAUUAUAUGUUUCAGGAUUGAAAGUAAACACUGGAAGAUUGAUUAUACCGUUCUCCCAACUCAAAAAUUUUGGGCCAAGAGUGUUGAGAUUAUCAACAAAGGAGAAAUAAAGUUGAAAUUUAAUAGAUCUGGAUUGGUCUAUACCUGGACCCAGCCGACAACAAUGAUUAGAAAUAUUAUUGCUGGGGAAAGAUAUGUUGAACCUGUAGAAACCACUACAAUAUACUGUUCAAAUGGUGAAAAAGCAUUGAUUGAAUUCAAGGCUGGAGGUAUGUUUUCUGGCAGAUCAGAAGAAUUAAAUAUCAAGGCUUGGGACUCAAAUGGAAACCAACAACCAUAUAUAGUUAAAGGAACAUGGACAAACUCUCUUGUUUUAACUAAUGACUUGGGUGAAAACAAGUCUAAAAAAAAUAAAAAGCAGAACAUUUUUGAAAAAGAAGUAUGGAAAGUUGGACCUACUGUUGAUAAUUGCAAAAAAAAAUAUGGGUUUACAUUGUUUGCAGCACAAUUAAAUGAAAUAACUUCUAUUGAGAAAGGUUAUUUACCACCAACUGAUUCAAGAUUGAGACCUGAUCUUAAAUUGUAUGUUGAGGGAGAUAUUGAUAGGGCACAAGAAACCAAAUUGGAAUUAGAACAACAUCAAAGAGACAGAAGAAAUCAAAACCAAGAAUUUCCUCCUAAAUUUUUUCGAAAGGUCGGUAAAGGUGACAGUGCUGAAUUAAAUUGGGAAUUCAUUGAUGGUGAGAAAAGCUAUUGGAAUCGAAGAAAGAAAAGAGAUUGGAGUGAUCUACUUCAAUUAUACCCGGCUUCCUCUACAAGCUAA